AUGAAUGAUGAAUUCGAUUCAACAUCAAUGAUUAAUAAUGAAAAAGGAAUAUCAGCUGCUAAACUUGUUAAUCAAUUAUAUUUUUUUCCAAUUAGAUAUAUGCUUAAUAUGGAUGAUAUUACAUAUCUUUUACCUUUAUGUAAACAUGGUGAUCUACAUUUACGUGGUGCACCUGCAAAUUUACUUGUUACAUUAAUUCAAACAACAAUUCAUCUAUUAACAUUAUCAUCAUUAUCAAAUUCAUGUAUUAAUUCUUUUAUUAAUCAAUGUUCACUUAUAUCAACUGAUUCACAAGACAGUUCAAGUCAUGCAUUUACAAUCAUAGGAAUUGAAUUAUUAGAAGAUUCUAUUCAACAUAGUACAAGUUCCUGUGUUCUUGCUAAAGUUGGAUGUUUAGAAGAUAUUUAUGUUCUUUCAAAUGUUUUAAGAUCAACAACAAUUCGAUCAUUUUUUCAUAAUCAAUAUGAUAAACUUCGUUUAUUUAUAAACUUUUUUAAACAUCCCUUUAUAUUACAUUAUCUUAAUAAUUUAAUCUUUUCAAAGAAUGAUAAAGGCUCAUCAACAACAUCAAAUACAGACAAAGAUAAAAAAGUUAAUCGUACACAAUUAGCAAUCGUUUCAUCAUCGUCUGCCGAAAGAAAAUCUUCAAAUGUUUCUUCACAAGUGUCAUCAAAUAAUUCUUUAGCUAAUAUUCAUACAAUAAGUAUUCAACAACCGAUAAUUUAUUUUAUUUGGUUCACGUUAUGCAUUAACAUUUUAUUUUGUUGUAUUGCUGAAUAUCUUGUUAUGUUAUCACAUGAUACACUUCAUUCAAAACAAGUUAUUAAAGUACAAGAUUUAAUAAAACAUUAUGAUUCAUUAUUAGCAAGUGGCCAUGAACCUGAAACACAUGUUAUUGUUAAUAGUGUUGGAAUUGAAGAUGAUAAAUGGAACCGUCUUUCACGACAAAGUGUUGAUGUACUUCUUGUUCAUUUACAAUCUCAGGAUCAAUCACUUUUGGAUAUUUAUUCCACACAAUUAACACUAUUUGAUGUUGUGUUAUCAAUUGAAUUACGAUCAAUUGAUCCAUUUGUUAUUGCUUUUCGAGCAUUAAAUGAUAUUUUAUCAUCAGUUAAUGGAACACGAGAUGAAACUUUUAGUGUAACUCUUCUUCGAAUUUUACAUGACGUAAUAUUACGAAUUUUAACUAAUACUCGACAAUUACGUGGUCAAAUCGAUAUGACAUUAGUUUCUCUUGCAUCCGAUUACCUUUAUGUACUUAUUUCAAAAGAUAAAUUAACACCUGAUGAAAUUGCAGCAAAUCAAUUAUAUACAAUGGCAGCUACACGAUCCGGAGAAAGUCUUUAUUUUGUAAUACAUAAAAUAUUACGAACAGCUGAUCAAUCAUUUAAUGGACUAGUGUUUCGUGGUAUAGAUGGUGAUUUGUCAAAUGAUGAUAAAGUUGGUGAUAAAUUAGUUUGGCGGGGUUUUAGUGCAUUUAUUCGUGAUCAUUCGUACUUUGACUCAGAAGAUGAAGUUCUUCUAUUGCCAGCAACACAAUUUUUAAUUGUCGGUAAAGUAACACAAGGAUUGCUAAAUAUUAUUCAUUUGAAAGAAAAUGGUGACUCACCAGUUGUCUUAUUAAAACCACCAUAUACCGCCAGUAGUAUUGCUAAUUUUACAAAAUCUGACCUGACAACUACAGGGCCUCAAUCUUUUCUUACGGAAGAAAAAUUGCAAUUACAAGGUCUAUCAAACACAACGACUGCAAGUGUACCUAUUUUAAAAACAAAUAUUAGUGAAGAGCUAUCAGAUAUUGCUAAAGAUCUUCUCGAAUAUAUAAAAACAAAUAAGACAAUAGAUCUCAAAAUUCGAUUACAACAGUUAUCCGAUAAAGACUUGAAAUCGAUUGCUGAGGCAUUAAAAACGAAUACAACUGUUCAAUCAUUGACAAUCGAAGAUCCUCGCAGUUUGAAUCUUUAUGAUCGGGAGUGGGAUCCUGAGAGAAAACGACAUUUCUGGACAAGUCUUGGAUGUAAGCACUUACCUGACGUUUCAAACUCUAUUGCGCAACUUUUAAGUGUAAAUCAGCAUAUUCGAAGUGUAGAGUUUCAACACACUUCAACUACAGAUAAUGAAUUGCGUAGUAUUUGUGAAUCAGCAGCCACAUUAGGAAACUUGUUUAUCUGGGAUUGUGAUUCACUUACUGUGCAAAGUGCUGUUACAUUGGCUGAAUUACUUAAUAAAACGAAAUGA